CGCUCCGUGACGUCCGUUUUCGGCCCAUCUCAAACAGGUUGUUAUCUACCGUCUCAAGGUUUCUACUGCCUUGAUAUUUGAUCUCCUGGUCAUCCUGGGUCCCCUCUUUUCCUGUGAUCGACUCGGGAUUUUUCUUUUUUGAACUCUUUCCAAUGUGUCCUGCGAGUAGCCGUCUGGCCGCCACAAGCACAAGCACCACAGACACGACGGCCAGCAUGAGUUGGGUUGGCUGCAGUAUUGGAUGAAACCUGACCACACCGGGGAGUACAGACCCAAGAAGCGGGCACGACACUGCGAGGACACUGCGAGCACAUAUUACAUACUCCGCACCAUGCCUUCGUUCUCGAUAUUGCGAAGAUCGCCAAAGGGCCACAAGAGGGGUGAUCCCCCAGUGCAAGACGAUGCCAAGACCUCGUCAACGCCAGAGGAAAGCGACGUCAGCAGCCCCUCACCACCCGCUGCAAGUCGCAUCAACAGCACAACAAGCUCGACCCCCGAACCCGAAACAUCCAAGCCGUCAGACGUCAACAAUAGAGACGGCAAGAAAGAACGGCGGGGCCUCAAUAGAGACCUGUUGCACGACCUUCGAAGCCGACUUGUGGGAAAGCAGCCACCAGCACCAUCAGAGUUGACCCCUCAGCGGGGAAGAUGGCCCCCAAGACGAGGCACAGCGGUAGAGCCCUUGGAGACAUCGGUACGGUGCACACCACUUUCACCCCUCUCGCCGCUGUCCCCGCGCUCCCCCGUCAACCCGAACAAGCCGCUCCCCUCACCACCUCCGCCUGGUAGCGAACAGGCCCGGUUUCCACCCCCAAAGCCAACCCUCAAGAUCGCCCGCAUCAUGGCCACCCUCACAGACUCGGAGGUUGAGAAGCUCUUCUCGGGAGCACCUCAGUACUUUGCCCGCUCCGAGGGCCACUACACCGGCGCACCUCACCCCUCGGUUGCCUUUCCCUGGGACGAGUCUCUCGAGAUCAGGGAUCUCACAGACCACACGCAGAUCGAAGACAAGGCCUGGGGCUGCGUCACGGCCUGGCCUCACAUCACCCGCGAUGUCCACGCCGACCGGUCCACCGCCCAGCGGGCCUCGGAGCAGAAACGCCGAGCUCACUUUUACCCCCGCUGCCGCGAGCGGCCGAACAUGCUGAGCAUGUUUGGGCUGGAAAAGGGCAGCCUGGGAUACCAAGCCGCACUGGAGCUGUCGGUAGCAGACGCGCUCCAGGAAGAGCAAUGGGGGUUUGAGAGCAUUGGCACGAGGACCCCGGCGGUGAUUGAGCAGAGGCAAAAGAUGCUGACGUCCAAGGACGGGCUGAGACAUAUUGAGGAGAGUCUGAUCAUGGAGCAGCUGAUCAAGAAUGGGGCGAGGUAUACGGAGAAGCACUUGCGGGAGAAGAGGGUUUCGAGCGAACUUUACAAUGAGUUGUUCCUCCAGAUUCUCCACCCGCCGACGAAGGUGCUGGACCACCGGGAUCCGUACAGUCUUGCCGUGCAGAUUUCGGCCUUGGUCAAGGUGCUGGCAGCCCCGAACAUGUGGAUUGAUUUCUCGCACGUGGAGUGGAGAAUCAGGUUGGGACAGCUGCUGUGGGGGAAUGAUUUGGGGGAUGAGGUGGAUGAUGGGGCUUCGAUCGGGACGGGAGGUUCGUCGGGCGACAUCGUUGAGGAGAGGUAUUGGUUGCUGAUGCAGAUCUUGCUGGCUUGUGAGUUGCUCAUCAGGUUGGAUGCAAUCACGGAGGGAGACGAGUUGGGAGUGGAGAGUAUUCGACCGGCGGAGAUUUUGCGGUUCGAGAGAGAUGCGAACAAGUCGGUGAAGUGGUCGCUCAUCCUUGCAAGAGCUUGGUUGGAAAACAUCGAGGUCGUCAAGACAGAGGGCGCGGAGAGGUCAUCAGAUGAGAAGCCUUCUUCUGGGUGGUUGGCUUCGUUGACCAAACGCAUGUCUCUGUCUCGCGAACACGGGCAUGGACAUGGACAUGGCCAUAAAAAUCAUCACCAUGAUCCGGCCUAUCUCAUCAGAGGAAAGCACGUGCAGCGUCAGCUUAAGGGCCUGGAGCAUUUUGCCAGGCGAUUGCGGUGGCCGGAUGAGAAGUCCUAUGUCUCGACAAUCUCUGACAACUGCCGUGCCGUGGUGGAAGGCACUCCGUUGACCACACCCCUCGCCAGUCCGAGCAGCCGAGCCGACAGUCAACGCUCGUCGUAUUUUGCCGUCCCUAGACCCAAUUCGAAAUCUCGUCGGGUGGCAUCCAGACGAAGAAAGAUCUCGGCUGCACUGCACUCUUCUGGCUGGCUUUCCAAGAGCUAUGUGUCCGGCCUGAUGUUGCCCGGGGAAGGACUGUGCCAUUUCUUGAUGGCAACUCUGCUGGAGAACGACCCAGAAGCCAUGGCGAGGCUGGGCCCCAUGGCAAACCUCUGUGCUGGGUUCGUCUACUCUGGCAAGAGCUUCUGGAGCACUGCUUGCAUCGUCGGCCGUGUGCUCGCUGCAGGCAAGGGUGCCGUAGAAUGCAUGGGAUGGAUUUCGAGUGACGUCACACCUCUUGGGCUUGGAGACGGCUGGGUCAACAUCGAAGUCGAAGAGACUGUCGAAGACGCCCUCCAUGUCGACAAGAAGGCUCGCCUCUGGGGCAAGCGCGCCAUUGAAAACGAAUCCAACGUUCUCGGUGACGCCGACCCUUCUUCUGUUCUGCCGGCGGACUUUAUCAUUCCAUUUGAAAACAUUUACCGGGACAGGGUCCCGCCUAUGAUUCACAUCGGCUUCGAGGCAUUGCAGCUUUGCGCGCCGGCCGAUUCGGUGCACACCACACCUAGUGAGAGCAACGGAGUAACACCGGUUUCAGAAGUCAGCAGCCGGCCUCCCGAGAUUCACACCUACCCGGCGGCCAUUAGCUUUACGGUUACGGAUAUGGACACGGAGGAGGUGACCGAGCACACCUUCUCGCUGGCGAAGGAUAUCAACUUUGUGACUGCGCACCCGUGUGUGCCGUCGCAGCACGUCAAGAUUAUGAAGUCGCCAAGCAGCCCGACUAUUCGGCAGGUGGAUUUGAAUGGUGAUGGUGGUGGUAAGGCUGCUACCGUUCUUGGCCAUCCCCUUCACAAGUACUUCGCAUACACUGCACUCCAUCUCUCGGACCUGCUAUUCUCCAAGAAAGACUUUACACUUGAAGCUCUGCUGGGUGACUACUCCAACGCCCUUCACAAACCAAGCCAGACACCUGCUUCGUCCUCCCCUCCUGCGGCAAAAUUCCUCGUGGUAGACUGCAUCACUGGCUUUCAGCCCCAACCGCAAGAACACGAGAUCCCUCUGUCGCCGGUUAUCAGCCGGUCAGACAGCUACAGCAUGAACUCCCCUCUCUCCCCAGUUGGAGGUACUUUUGAGGGAAAGCUGGAGAGCGCCUCGAAGAAGAUGCACAGCGAGAGUAGAAGACGGCAAUUCGGCAGUGACAUGGAGAUGUUGGCUCGGGCGGUGUGUGCAGAGAGGGGGUGGAAUGUGGUUGUUAGUCGGAGAAGAAGAGGCUGCCUGGCAUGCGCGAUUAGGGAGGCGGGGGCGUUGGGUUGGAAAGUGAUUUUGAGAGUGGACUGAAGAUGGGCUAAAGACUAUUGAUGACAUGCUACGGUUUGGAGAAGAGUGUAGGAAGAAAAAGGGCAACACUUGACCACUUUAAAACAUAUCGAGUUUAAUUAUCAGUCGGGGUUUUGGGGAGGGAGUUUUUAUGAGUCUAUUAUUUAGGUUUUAUAGGAUUGAACAUGAUGGUGUUGAUACCCGAUUUCGGGUCGGUUUUGCUUGAAGGUUUGGACUUGAUGGCAACCACCGGACAACUCAGCAUUUUGUUAAAAUACGAGACCAUACAUACAGUGUAAAGAUAUGUUGAAAAGGGGUUCAGAUUUGGUAUGUGUAUAUUUCUGGUUGCCCUGAAUGAACAAUACUCGCCAA